AACGCUCCCCAAAAGACAAGGACGAAAAAAAAGAAAAAAGAAAAAUCGAAACUCUCUUUCUCUCUCUCUAUAAAUGUGGAAGAGAUCAGCUUCAUUCAUUCUCGACACGCGCCAUCAACAGCAAUCCAAUGUCCAGCGGGAACACACAUCAAACGUAGUCCCUCUCUCACCUCCCGACAUGGCAGACUCCAAAACCCUCCCCCGAAACCCUAACCCUAACAUCUCUGCCUACUAUCAGACCAGAGCCGAGCACCACGGCGCCAUCACCAGCGACUGGCUCGCUCAGGCCCAGGCCGCCGUCGGCAAGGACCCAACCUCCGACCCCCUCGAGAAGGCCUUCAGCUCGAAUGCGACCGGGUCCAGCAAGGGUUUCAGCGUUAUCGACGAGUUCAACUACUGGCGGAAGAAGCCGGACCUUGCGGAGGCGGUCGCUGCGAUCAUGGCGCUCGCGGCCGUCAUCAGAUCCAGCGAGGCCACUACCAUGAUGGAGCUCGAGAUCGAGCUCAAGAAGGCGUCCGAUUCGCUCAAGGCAUGGGACGAGACCUCCAUCUCUCUGUCAGCUGGCUGUGACUUGUUCAUGCGGUAUGUAACUCGAACUUCAGCGUUGGAGUAUGAGAAUUUCAAUGCUGCAAAGUCCCGUCUGAUUGAGCGGGGGGAGAAGUUUGGGGAAAUAUCUCUUAAGGCACGCAGGACUAUCGCCAUGCUCAGCCAAGAUUUUAUAUUCGAUGGGUGUACCAUUUUGGUCCAUGGUUUCUCUAGAGUCGUAUUGGAAGUACUGAAGAUGGCAGCAUCAGGACGGAAACUCUUCCGAGUCUUUUGCACAGAAGGAAGGCCCGACAGGACAGGCUUACGACUAUCCAAGGAACUUGUAGCUCUUGGUGUUCCUGUUAAGCUUCUCAUCGACUCUGCAGUGGCAUAUACCAUGGAUGAGGUCGACAUGGUAUUUGUCGGAGCAGAUGGGGUGGUUGAAAGUGGAGGUGUAAUCAACAUGAUGGGAACAUAUCAAAUUGCAAUGGUGGCUCACAGCAUGAAUAAACCUGUUUAUGUGGCUGCUGAAAGUUACAAGUUUGCACGCCUGUAUCCACUGGACCAAAAAGACCUGGCCCCUGCACUUCGACCAAUCGACUUUGGGGUCCCGAUUCCUUCUGGGGUUGAGGUCGAAACAUCUGCAAGGGACUAUACACCGCCUCAAUAUCUCACGCUUCUAUUCACAGACCUUGGUGUCCUAACACCAUCUGUCGUCAGCGACGAGCUCAUUCAACUAUACCUAUAGCAGGACUGGAUAAUCUGACGUCCACUCAUCGAAGCUCACUCACCUAUGGAAAUUUAGCUGGGGGACAUUCACAUUCUACGGUCAGCGAUUUUUUAUUGGAUUUUAUCUCCAGAUGUAUUUGUAAAGCAGGCAAUUUCUCAGGUGGAUGCAGAUUUAGUUUACUGGAAAUGAUGCUGAUUUUCUUGAGGAUUCACAGGAAAACCUGAGGUUAUGCAGUAUUCAGGUUUCAGUUUGGACAGCUGAAACCUAUGGUCCAGCUAUCCGAGCCAUUGGUCUGUUGGGCUCACUGGGUGGACCAUGCCCCUAAAAAUCUCGCUGAAAGAUCCUUCCAAACGAAUUGUGGCUGUUAUUUGUCUUAACCAUCUCUGCAGGGCACAAGUUGAAAGUUUGGGUUUGUCAGGAAAUUUUGAUCAUGGUCCAUCCAUGUUGCAGCUGAACUGAUCAUUGGUCUGGAGCACUGAAACCUGGGCCCGACUUGCCUAGGUUGAAAACCCAAGUUUUCCUUAGAUCCUUUGGUUCAAGGACCUCAUCAAUUCUGUUUUGUUUCCCUCUGGAUCCAGUGAUGCUGGCCGUUAGAUUCUGGUCAUAUCUUUAUUAGUUUCUUUCGACAUGAUCAUGUUAGUGUGAGUUUCUUUCGCUGAGUUAAUUCCAGUUUGAGGUUGUUUGGAUUUCA